AUGGCUAAUCCAACAAUCUACUUUUUGAUCACUUUUGCGGGUUUUGUCGCCUUGGAAGCGCCAGAGAAAGAAAUCGUCAAAAUUGGGCUUGUUUAUCAAGGCUACACAAAGUCAAAGACUUAUGAAAAAACUUUUCGCACCGUCAUUCAACAAAUUGGAGACACAGCAAAAAGCUCAACGAUGCGAAAAGUGGGAGCAAAGUAUGUGUUUGCUCCAGUCGACUGUACGGUACCCCGAGGAAUGUUUUAUGUCUCUCAUGUUCUUCACUGUCUCUGUGAUGUUUUUGUCAAGGAAAAAGUUGCUGUGAUAAUUUUCAUCACUUCUACCGAGGAAUUUGAUAGCUCCACAGCCGCCGCUCAGUAUUUUCUCACAAUGGCUUCUCACACGGGCAUUCCGAUCAUUGCAUUUAAUGCUGACAACUCUGGCUUUACAUUUAUUAAGAACUUGACGCCGUAUCGAAUUUUACAAUUUGCUCCACCAAUCGAACACCAGAUUCAAGCAAUGCUCGCUUUAUUGAAUCGAUACAAUUGGAGCAAAUUUGGCGUCGUAGCUAGCAAUAUGGCUGGAAGCAAUGAGUUCAUCGAAAGUGUCUACAGCGAAGUUCGCAAAGAAAAUCAAGGUCGACAAGGAAUUCCUCUUGAGUUGAUUUUUGAUUCUGUUGUUGAUACGUUGAAUGCUAGCCAUGUUCAUUCACAAAUGGCUGAGCUGAGAAAAUCUCAAGCAAAAAUUGUACUCCUUUACAGUACUGGGGCACAAGCUAAAGUCAUAUUUGAGAAAGCUGAGAGUUUCGGUCUACUUUCUGAAAAAUAUCUCUGGAUAGGAACUCAAUCUGUUAAAGGAAUGUUUGACACUUUCACUCCGCCAGUUCAACCAGGAAUGCUGAGUAUCAACUUUUACACGAAAGCCGAUUUGAUUGCGAACUCUGAUGACGUGGUGGCUUUGAAUAUUGGAAUGGCUCCAAAACUAUUUGCACAAUCGUUGGUUGGAUUGAACGACUCGGCAGAGAUUUCUCUUCAAUCUGAUGCUUCAUGCAAAGCAAAUGAGGGAUCAGCCAGCUGGAAGAAUGGAGCUUAUCUUUACGAAGCUAUGAAGAAUUCAUCGGUCAAGGGCUAUCCAUAUCCACAAAAAGACAGUCAAUCGGCGUUUGUUUUCAAAUUCGAUAAAUAUGGAAAGCUGAAAAACUCGUUGCUCACGAUCUCAAAUCUUCGACUAAAAACCAAAGAUCGACAGAUUUAUUUUUGGGAAAAGGUUGGAGAGUUCUACAAUGGAGAGUUGAGAAUGCAGGAUGUACAGUGGCCGGGAGGGAAAGCCAAUCCACCACAAGGAUCAACAGACAAAUUUCAUGUUAAGGUUGUGACACUUCAUGAGCCCCCAUUCAUCACCGUUUCUGAGCUCGAUCCGGACACAGGACUUUGUCCAGGAAAUCAAGGCUCAUUAUGUGAUUGGGGAAAAGAGGAGAUCGACAUUGAAGGAAAUAGAAAAAAUCGAACAUUGACUAAAUGCUGCUCGGGGUAUUGUGUGGAUUUGUUGAACAAGCUGGCCAACGACAUCGGUUUCACAUACACUCUCUACAAAGUUCGGGAUGAAAAAUGGGGACUUAAAACAGAAAAGGGUUGGAAUGGUUUGAUCGCCGAUCUGAUCAAUCAUAAAGCUGAUAUGUGUGUUACAUCUUUGAAAUUGAACUCAGAAAGAGCAAAAGAUAUCGAUUUUUCGAUUCCAUUCCUUGACACCGGAAUCUCGAUCAUUGUCAAAAUACGCAGUGGAGUGCUUAGUCCAACAGCAUUCCUUGAGCCAUUCGAAUAUUCGACUUGGGUUAUUAUUCUAUGUGUUUCAAUCCAAGGCGCUGCACUUGCAAUUUUCAUUUUUGAAUGGGUUUCUCCAUAUUCAUUUAAUAUGCAACGAUACCCUCCACCCGAUCAUAAAUUUUCUCUUUGCCGUUCUUAUUGGCUUGUUUGGGCGACUCUCUUCAGCGCUAGUGUUUCAACAGAUGUACCCCGAUCAGCUGUUUCGCGUUGUAUGGCCCUUGUAUGGGCGGCUUUUGGUCUCACUUUUCUCGCUGUUUACACAGCAAAUCUUGCAGCUUUCAUGAUCACCCGAGUUCAAUAUUAUGAUUUGUCUGGUAUUCACGAUCCAAUGCUCAUAUAUCCCGAAGAUCAAAAACCACCAUUUCGAUUUGGCACUGUGGAUGGGGGAAAUACACACGAAACAAUGAAACGCAAUUGGCACAGAAUGAAUGAUUAUGUGGAAAGAAACAACUUUUUUGUGCAAAAUGUUUCAGCGGGUGUGGAGGCUGUGAGAAAUGACCAAUUGGAUGCUUUUAUUUAUGAUGCUGUCGUCAUCGAUUAUAUGGCUGGAAAAGAUCCGAAUUGUGAACUCACAAGGGUGGGUAAAUGGUCUAGUAUGACUGGCUAUGGGAUUGGUUUUCCGAAAAACUCUCCUUAUGUGCAAAUGGUGAAUCAAUGGAUGUUGCAGUAUCAACAAAAUGGAGAUUUGGAAAGGUUGCAAAAUUUUUGGCUAAAUGGCGCUUGCACUCGAGACGGACACACGCAAACACAAAGUGCACCACUUGGAGUCGAAAACUUCAUGUCGGCUUUUCUCAUGCUUGGCGGCGGAAUUAUCAUCGCUUUAAUCGUAUUGGGAUUUGAGCAUAUCUAUUGCCAUCAAUUGCGAACAACUCUGCAAAAGCUUGACCCUCGUGGAUGGUGUGGAAUUGUGAGUAUGGCAAUGGGGAAAUCGUUGACAUUACAAGAAGCAACAGAGCGAGUGAAAGAAUGGAGAUCUAGAGCUCAAUCCCUCGCUUCUACAGCUGCUCCCACUUCACCGCUCAGUCGACGGACAAUUCCAUCACAAAAAGCUCGAUCUCGUGGAGGUAGUGAAGCUUCGAUGAAUUCGAGACGUUGCCUCUCUCGAUCUCCUCUUUCAAAUCGGAAAUCUCAGUUCUUGAAUGUGGAAACAAUAUUU